AUGAUCUUCAAGUCCUUCCUCCUCUCCUCACUCUUAGCCACUGGCCUCGCUUUAUACAUCCCUCAAGAGGACAUCACGAGCAAAGAAUGCGAUUGCUCGGGUAAGAAUGUUCGCAAGAAUGACAACCUCAGACACAUUUAUAUAUGCGGCGAUGAACGUCUGGGGCCUACAGACCUCCCCACGAAGCUUCCCCUCAGCACUUAUAUCAGCGGUUACGACCGCUUCGGAGGCUUGACUCCUAAUGAAUUUCUCGGGAAGUGGUACGAUAACACGACCAGAGCUGAUGGUAAAAAGCCAAUUGGCUGGAAGUAUCCGUUGAAGAAUGGGUUUGAGUUGGACGACGACGAGCGUCCCAUCAGAGCAAACGUGAACCUCACGCCAGGAACAUUGGUAGACAGGUUUGGAGAACCGACAGGACGGUACAUCUCCCCUGCUACAGCUCCCUUCUCGCAACGAGCUCUCCACCCGGGGAACCUUAAUACUGGGGAAAACCAAGAAUUCCCCAGCAAUUAUCACGUCUACAACGUGACCAAGUCAUUCACUGUUCAGGCUGGACCCAUCAGACCGUGGUUUGGGCAGCCGGGUUAUGGAGUACAGUUCUUCCUUGGCGUUGGUAUCACGGUGAACGACUACUUAGACAACGGUAGUCUAGUUCAACUCAACGCUUCGGCCUUAAUUAGAGAGUCAAGGCAGUGUGCACUGAAUGGAGGGAAUGUUGAAUUAGACUCGGAAGAGCUAUAG